CUGUUGGUUCAUUCACUUAUUGCCACUGGAAGAAGGCAGACCAGCUGAAACAAACAUUCGGCUGAGGGUGUAAAACUGCAAGACAAAAUGAAGGGACUGCUUCUGCUAGCAGCCUUGUUGUCGGUAGCCAUAUCGGCCACCGUUGCUGAUCGGGCAGAGACGCUCAAUCUCUUCAACCAGUUAAAGCGCGUGAAGAAGGGUCGCAUGCUUGGUGCUGAUGAGGACUUUGUAUCGCUCGUCCAGUCACAGCUAUUGCUGGCCGAAGAAGAGUACGUCCGCUCGUCCAUAAAUGGGGAGUCGUCGAUUCUGCAGGAGCUGUCCACCGCGGAAGCACAGGCAAGUGGCCCGAACUGUGUAGACUUUAUCCGCCAGAAGACGGCACUGAUGCUGAAUCUAGCUGGUGUAUCGUAUGCGUCCUGCCUGAGCCGUGUCGAUGAUGCGUUGUUUGAAAAGCUGUACGAUGCAACGAAUGGUGUUGUAUCGCGCGAACAGUACGAUCAGGCCAACAUGCUUAACGCUUUCCGGGGUGAGAACAUCUUUGUGGACAUGGACCGUAUUCGGGGCAAGCUGCAGGAGCGAAUGCGUGCCACGUUCAAGCUGCCGACGUUGACUGCGGAAUCGUUGCAGGAAAUUCGCAGUGAGCUGGGUGAGGUGAAAGAACAGUUUGCAGAGUGCAUGAAGGUGGCACGGGCCACACUGGAUACUUCGCUCGAAGGCACUUCGAAGCAGUACAAGCAUGUGUGUGCGAAAAAGCUGGAGUAAGGUGUGAAGUUUUUUUUUACUUUUAUCACUGCUUGGUUCUUCGAAUGUAAUAAAUUAUUCUAAAAAUCCAGCCACAAGGAUUAACUGGAA